UGCUCAGUAGCUGAGUACUAAUCUUCUAGUCGGAGAGAACGUAGCUUCGUGAAUUUUGCUUACGAUUUUACCGGUUUUUUUGCACUUUUAGAUAAAAAGUGUUAGUGAUAAUUCUGAAAUUUUUUAUUUACAAUUCUUCACGAACAAGCUGAUUAUAAAAUUCACUAGCAGUGGAAACACCCAUCGAAGACAACUUUAUUGACGAGUUACGAACAGUCGAGUCUCCAUACCAAGGAGGUGCGCGUAGCUGCAGAGUGAAGGAAGAAGCGCGGUCGUAGAAGAAGGCUAAUCGUCAGGCACUCAACAAGAUGCCUGCUCCAACAUCAGCACCGGGUACGGUGGAGGGGCCACCUCGCACCGAGUUGCAGGAAUUACAACUAAAGGCCGAUCAAACUACAGAUGAGUCCCUGGAAAGUACGAGGCGUAUGCUGGCAUUAUGCGAGGAGAGCCACGAGGUCGGGAUGAAAACCCUCGUAAUGCUGGACGAGCAAGGCGAACAACUGGACAGAAUCGAGGAGGGUAUGGACCAAAUCAACGCCGACAUGCGCGAGGCCGAGAAAAAUCUCACGGGAAUGGAAAAGUGCUGCGGCCUCUGCGUUCUUCCAUGCAACAAAGGCGCGAGCUUCAAGGAGGACGAAGGGACGUGGAAAGGAAACGACGACGGUAAGGUGGUGAACAACCAACCCCAACGGGUGAUGGACGAUCGCAACGGGCUCGGCCCGCAGGGCGGUUAUAUCGCCAAGAUCACGAACGAUGCCCGUGAGACGGAGAUGGAGGAGAAUAUGGGCCAGGUGAACACGAUGAUCGGUAAUCUGAGAAACAUGGCGAUCGAUAUGGGUAGCGAGCUGGAGAAUCAGAAUCGGCAAAUCGACAGGAUCAAUCGCAAGGGCGAGUCAAACGAAACGAGGAUAGCCGUGGCGAAUCAGCGUGCGCACGCUCUACUCAAGUAAAAUGCGUCUCUCUGCCCACGUACCCGUCUCCUCCGAGCCCCAAAUUGUCAAACAAAAAAAAAAAAAAAUACAAAAAAAAACAAAAUAUAUAUAUAUGUGUGUAUAUAUAUAUAUGCAUAUAUAUAUGUAUAUUAUAUCAACUCCAAAAAUAUUGUACGCUCACACGCCCACGACCCCUUCUUCUGCCUUCUCGUCGUCGGUCGGACAUCGCCAACCCAACCGUCAACCCAACUCGUGUCUCCAACUCGAUCCACCUGUUUGUGCUACAACGAAAUCAUCGAGCCUUCCGGUUUACAUCGAUUUACAAUAUUACGUGUGUUUUAUGUCUCGUCUACUUAGUGCAAUCUCCCUGUAUACGCAUUUAGUUUUCUCUUACACCUUUCUGUAACAACCCAUUCGCCAUUCUUUCUUUGUCGUCGCGUCGUCGUCGCGUCCAAUUUUCUUUUUUUUUUUCUUCUUUUUUACAUUCACGUGGAUAAUUAUAAUACCUAUAAUUAUACACAUAUGGUUAAUAACUAUUGCGCGUGCUACGACGAUGAUAUCGACGUGUUUAACCUUUUCUUUGGAAUCUUAUUUGUCGGAUGAAACCCCACAGGAUCAUCGUCAUCGUCGUUGUCGCGCCAAAUGGCACGUAAUACGAGCUCUGUUUCUCCUUUAUUGUUAGCAUUCCCUUCAAUAAUCGAUUCAAUAUUCCCCGUUGAAUAUUCAAUUUGCCUCUUCUUUCACCGACCACUCCUCCCGCUUAUAUCGGUCGGAUAUAAUUGCAUCGAUCGGGUUCGAAUUUACACAGAGGAGGAGCUCGAAGAAGAAGGAAUAUAAUCGACGACGACGACGACGACGACGACGACAAAUCGUGUGAACGAGGAAAUAAAGUGAAGCGGAAUAAAUGAAAAGUUAAAAAGAGAGGUCGACAAUAACAACAAUGAACGUUUAAGUUUGGGUUACGAUCUUUCGUUUGUUUGUUUUUUUGGCACGCAGGGCGAAUCGAACGAGACGAGGAUAAAGGUGGCCAACGAGCGAGCCCAUCAACUACUCAAGUAAGGCCACUCUCGACCACUUGCACCCCGUCGGCCACCAACCAAGCACCAAAUAACCAUCAUCACCAUCAUCACAAUCACAACACUAUCGACAACAACAACAACAACAACAGUUACAAUAACAACAACAACAACAGCAAUAACAACUACAACAACAACAACACCAGUGUUUAUAAUAAAAACCAGAACUCAUCAGUCACAAAUGAUACAUACGAUCGAUUACUCAUUAUACCGUUACUUAAGUACUCGUAUACUUACUUAAUUUAUUUGUCACUUUAUUUGUCACAGUGUACUUAUACUUGGUCGUGAACCUAUAGUACAGACAUGUUGACAAAUAGGCGAUUGAACACGAUCGAUAACGUCGUUCUCUUCAUACGUUCUCUUUCUCCGUCCUGCGUUUGAAUUUCUUUCUUUCUUUCUCUCGUCGUUUUUUCUUUUCUUUCAAUUUUACAAUUCAAAUCGGUAAUCGCGUACGUUUUAUUAGAAAAAAACGAUCGUUCGCAUCGAUUUUAAUUUAAUUUGAUUUGAUUGUUGCUCGGAAUCGAUCAUCGCCUCGAAAAAGUUAUUGCCUUCUGGGAAAUAAAUUGUACCAUUGUAUGUGCUGUGCCUUUUAUUUUCAACGAAUGUGUAAAAGUAAAUUUCUAUUUGAAUGUAUAAUAUCGCUUGUACUUUUUUUUUUUUAUUUUUUUCUAUUUUACGUUUUGUUAUGUAUGUAAGCGAGUAGUUCGAUUGUAUAUUUUAACGAUUUUAAUAUUUUCGUCGACCUUUCGUUCUUUUGUUCACUCAUUUAUUGAUCACGUUACGAGCUAUCUUGUGUAUCUGAGUGAAAAUCUUAUCAAAGAAUUCCGCUCGAUCGCACCUAACGAACUUCAUCUUUAACCCUUAAGAGAGCAAAUUUUUUCAUCUCUAAAUGUAGAAAUAUUUAAGACAGAAAGUUAGAAGAGAAAUAAAAAAAAAAAAUUAGUUUAUUUACGGAUAAUAUUUACAUGUAAAAGCGAAGAUGUCGACGCGAUCAGAUAAGCGCCGUCAAGUCAAUUCAGUGAUUCGGUAGAGUUUUUUAAAAAAGACAAGCAGACGCAUUUACGCAAGAAGGAGAGUACGCAAAGGAGAAAAAAGAAAAAAAAAAAAGAGAUAUAGAGAGCAAACGAGUAAAAAAUAAUAAUAAACGAGUAAAGAGAAAUUUUUUCAUCUUAAUUGCACGUUUAUCCAAGUUCUUCCUCUCGUGAUAUAGCGUUUACACUUUUAACGAUUUAUCUAAAAAAAAAAAAAAGUUUCUAAAAUAUAAGAGGAGAGAUUAUUGAUGAUAAAUUAAUUAAUUAAUUAAAAAAAAAAAAAGUGGAAAAAAAAUCAAAAAAAAAAAAAUAAAUAAAAAAGGAACAGUAUAAAAAAAAAAAUAAAAUAGAAAUCCUUUAGCUGAAAAAAAAAAAAAAAAACAAAAACGAAACGCGUCAAGUAUCGUGCGCCUGUUUAAGGGUUAAAGAUUACCCGCAAGAUUAACGAGAACAGAAAUGCAUACACACAAGAAAUGACAACAGAGAGUUGUAAGUAACCGGGAACGUACUGCACACGCUGUCUUCUUCUCUGCAUCGUUGUUGCGUGUACGUUGCGCAAAUUUUUGAAACGAUCCUGUACACAUACACAUGCACACUUUACACACGCAUAUUACAUUCGUAUAUCACACACAAUCGUAUAAGAAUCACACAUCUACUCUCUCUCACACACACACACACACACACAUACACACACACAGAGAAACAACAGAAAGAAAAAGGGAGAAUAGUGUAGAUCGCACAGCGUGUGGGAGUGCACAUGUGAACGAUACAUACGCACAGCGAGAAUCCCUCCCCCCCCCCCCCUCCCCUACAUAGAUAAAUACAUACCGUGUAAUUUGUUAUCACGAUUAGCGUUACGACCAAGAAUAUCCGUGUACAGUAGAUCGAUUACUUGUAGAUGGACACCGCGUGUGUAUGUGUAUGUGUGUGUGUGUGUAUAUGCGCGUAUAUAUAUAUGCCGGGACACACGCGCGUGUCGAAAUUCGAAGCAGCUAGUAGGGUCGUAGUAGGCGAACCGCGUGCUGAGAGGAGCAGCAGCGACCUCGUCAUGUCUUUGCGCGAUCCAAAUCCAGAAGUUCGUGUAUAGACGAACUUAUUAUAUAUAUAUAUAUUAUCGAACGGAUCUUGGAGGGAGCUUGCCUUAAGCGGCAAAAUAAUAUUUAGAUAUUUAGAUAUUUCCUUCGAGAGAUGAUCCGAGUUAUUAUCCGCUUAUUAUUCUUUUUCUCGAUAUAAUUAACCGUAUAAUUAACCACGCUCCACGCCGAACGAUCGUGCGAUCAACGAAAUAUUCUCGCUUCCCCGUGAGAACACUCCAAUGGAACCGGAACGAAUCGCAGCGCAGAACGAGCGGAGGAGGACGUUUAGCGCGACAGCACAAGUCGUUUUCUGUGAGGAGAGGGCGCAGCGUGCUCUGUAAGGAAGGAGAAGCGAAGGCAGAGAGAGAGAGAGAGAGAGAGAGAAGAUAUUAUCGAUCUAAACAACGAAGAAGACGCGUCGUUUCGAGCAGAAGAAAAGAGAGGGGGAGAGGGCGCGAGAAAGCGAGAGAGGUGGGAAGAAAGGAAGGGAAGGAAGAAGGAAGAUGUUUAAUGUGUAGAUAGAAUUUUGUUCAUCGUUUUAUCUGUCGACUCACCGUAGAUCGAUUCCGUUUCUUGCGGCCCCGCGCACGCUUAACGCGCCGGGGUUGUCACUGUAAGGUUAAACUCCAAACGAAACAAGUCACGGACGCGGUAUGGGAGAGCAAGAGGAAUAAUCGACAAAGAAUAAUCGAAGAUUGUACAUUAUUGUAUUUACACGAAGCGAAGUACCUCUACUUUGUAUUGUACGAGCGAAAGAACGAACGAACGAACGAACGAACGAACGAAUAAAUAAUAAUCCAUUGCACGCUGUGUCGACACGGCGUCCAGGGAUUCCCCAGUUAUUUUCUAUCGCGAUCUGCGCGUAUCCACGUUAUAACCACGUUUAUCUCUUAUCUUCCAUCCCGAUCUUUUUAAUUUACACGCGAAUUUCUCAUUCUAGAUUUCCAUUUUUUUCUUUCUUCGACUCCGUGUCGUACAAAAUUCCGUUAAAAAGGUUAAGGUCAAUUUAUAAUUGAGUGAAAAAUAGAGAAAAAAGUGACGUGGUUACCGCAGAUCGGAUCCAACACUGCAGAUGAGCGAUGUUUAAGCUGUCAGCCAGCCUUAACAGUAUUCGCAUCUUUACACUUACCUCUUUAGCUUUAAGAGAACGCGUAGAGACAGAGAGCCAGAGAUGCUGUCAGCGCUGACGUUGAUCCCCCCAUCCCCCCUCUUUGUAGCAUCAAAAUUAGCCCGUAGCAAAGAGAAAACGAACAUGUAUGGAACGAGAGCGAGCGAGAGAGAAAGAGCGAGCGAGCGAGAGAGAAAGAGCGAGCGAGCGAAAGAGAGAGAGAGAAAAGCGAGCGAACGAGAGAGAAAGUGAGAAUGAGCAUAUAUAUAUAUAUAUAUAUAUGUACGGAGUACGAAAAGGUUAGAGUCGUGCAGAUUUUUUUAUGUAGAUCAAGAGUGUACCGAUACAUAUAACUACGUAUUGUAUACAUAUAUAUAUAUAUAUGUAAACUUUUUUCUGAAUUUAAGAAAUUAACCAUAUAUAUAUAUAUCGAUAUAUUGUAUAAAUAUUGUAAAAGAUGUCGCCCUCGAGUCGCGCGCAUGCGCGAUGGUUAUGAAUCGAGCACAAAUAAGAAAGGAAAUAUAUUACGCGUAGCUCCUUUCGAUUUCGCUUGUUCGUUUGCUUUUAUUAUCGAUAUAUAUAUGCAGGAGGCGUGAAAGGGAUGGAAUCGAUGGGUUGCAAAAUUCUUGGACGCUUCGCCGGACGAACGUACUAAGAGAAAUUUAAAAGAGAGAAUGAGAAUGGAAAUUUGAUGAACGGGAGAAUGAAUGAAUGAGAGAAAGAGAGAGAGAGAACGAGAAAUAGAGAGCAAAUGCACCGAUAUUGGUAAUAAUUAUGAUUGUUACUCGAGAUCGUUAGGCCUAUCGUAAUUAUUUACUUUAACAGAGGAAGGAUAUACAGAACAAUUAUAAAUAGGUAUAAAUAUAUAUAUAUAUAUAAAGAUUAUAUAUAUAUAUGAUACAAACAUAUACAUGCAUACAUGUAUGGAACGAGCGCGGUGAGCCCCCUUCUUAUGUAGACCUUUAAAAAAAGAAAAAAAAGAACAAAAAACGAGAGAGAGGAAAAAAAAAAAAAGGGAAGAUGAGAGGGAUUCAGGAUUCAGGAUGGGAAUGGGAGAUUAUUAUCUUUAUUCGCGAGCGAACAACGUUGUUAUAUUAUCAUAAAUAUAUUAUAUAUUAUAUAUAUUAUACAAUACGAAAUCGAGCAAUAUUGUAUUGUUACUUCGUCGUUAAUAUUUAUCACCGCCUAUUCGAAGAAUUAUAUUAUAUACCUAUUUUACAAAAUAAUCCCUCGUAUCUGAACGAGUAACUCAUAUCGAACCUUGUUACAGGUCUAUGUGGUACGCGUACUUUUAAAUACCUAUUCACAGGAUUGUAUUAUAGAAUAACGCAGAUUUAAGUAGUUAGACGCGUAGAUAGGUGAAAAUAGACGAGGUAGUUGCGCGGAGAAGGGAAAUGGUUCACGGUGUGAAUGGGAAGAUUGAGUGAAAGAAGAGGCGAGAAGAAAUUAUUGAGGCGAAUAAUUGAACAAGCGGUUUUUACGAGAGGCGAAAAAACUGCGAGAACAGCGACCAUUGAAAAAUGAAAAAAAAAAAAAAAAAAAAAAAAAGAAAAAAAAAAGAAAGGGGAGAGGCGAAAACUCGCGACAGAUCGCUCGCGACCGAAAUUUUGAAAACCGUUGAAAACCGUUGUUUGUUUUUUCGUUCGAUUAGUGUAUUCCAAAGUCUAUGUAUAAAAAAGGUUGCGUGCAAUUUCUCUCGAGUUACCUUCGUUUAAAAAAAAAAAAAAAAAAAAAAAAAAAGGGGGGACGAUUUCGUUCGAGACUCAACUUCGUUCGAAGCUUGUCGUUCGACUGUUUACCCCCUCGACAAAGUUAUUGCGGUAUAGCGCGUGUUGUUAAUCGAGAAACUGACGAGAAACUGCGUGAAACCGAUUGUUUAACGUUUGCAAUAACAGAGUACGAAAUCGCGAUGAUUUAACACAAAAUUGGGACCACCGUGCAAAAGUGCAAGGUGCCGAGACGAGAACGACCACGGCGUGACGAGUUUCUUCAACGUAUCGUCGAUCUUUAUUUUUUUUUUCUUUUUUUGUUUCUCUCUUCUCUUUCGACUACGACGAACGUACGAAUGUCUAUCGCGCGCCGGCCGUUUUCCGAUUUUUCGAAGCGAAAAAAAAAAAACAGUGAGACGAGCAAUCGCGAAAAAUAUAUUCAAUAGAGUAAACACGAAGCCUGAUUAAGAAGUAGAACAAGUGAAAAAAAAAAGAAAAAAGAAAAAAGAAAGAAAAAAAAAAAA